AGAAUUUUUUCUGAAACAAAAAAAAUAAUUUUAAAACGAAAAUUUGAAUAUUAAAUUUUUCAAUAGUUUAUCUUUGUUGGUAUCGGAAAAUUGUCAACAUUGUUUUUGUUAUUGUUUUCCAAAUCAAUACGAACUAAACGCGCCAAACGUUGGAUAUAUUUUUUUAAUGAAUUGAUUAAUUCAUUUGUUUGUUUGUAAUUUGGCGAAAAGAAAAAACAUAAAUCAUCAGUCAACAUUUGAUUGUCGUAUAUUUACGAUUAUCAUCAAAUUCAAUGCAUCAUUGGAAUCAUCAUAAUCAAUUCCAUCAUAAUCACCAUCAUUGUCACCAUUUUUAUCAUAAUAAACAACAGGAACGACAGCCAUAUUUAUUAUAUAAUCAUAAUGGCAGAUAGAAGAAAAUUACUAGCUGAAAUUGAUAGAUGUUUGAAAAAAGUAAAUGAAGGUGUUGAAACAUUUGAUGAGAUAUGGGUUAAAGUUCAUAAUGCAACCAAUGCUAAUCAAAAAGAAAAAUAUGAAGCUGAUCUCAAAAAAGAGAUUAAAAAAUUACAGAGACAACGUGAUCAAAUAAAAACAUGGUUAGCAUCCAGCGAGGUUAAAGAUAAAAGAGAACUAAGUAAUUAUCGGCGAUUAAUCGAAAUGCAAAUGGAACGUUUUAAAGUGGUUGAACGUGAAACCAAAACUAAAGCCUAUUCAAAAGAAGGAUUAGGUGCAGCACAGAAAUUAGAUCCGGCACAAAAAGAAAAAGAUGACAUCACUAAUUGGCUAUCGAAUUCGAUUGAAAAGUUAUCCGAACAAGUAGAAUUAUUUGAAAGUGAGCUAGAAAAUCUACAAACAACACAGAAAAAAGGUAAAAAAGAUCGCGAAAAACAGGAACGGCAUGAUUUCGUCAAGAAUCGUGUGGAAAAACAUCGUUAUCAUAUAAAACAACUGGAAACAUUAAUGCGAAUGUUAGAUAAUGAAACGGUCGAAGUGGAUCAAAUCAAAAAAAUUAAAGAUGAUAUCGAAUAUUAUAUUGAAUCAUCACAAGAUGCUGAAUUUCAAGAUAAUGAAUAUAUUUAUGAUGAUCUAGACCUUGAAGAUAUGCAAGCAUUCCGAGCAAAUAAUGUGGUCGAUUUGACAAAUGUGCUCGGUAAUGCUGCAGGUAAAAAUGAAAAAGGAUCAGCAACAAAAACAAAUGAUAAUUCGACAACGUCAUCUACGGCGAAUAAUAAUACGACAACGGCUAAUGUAUCAAUGGAAAAUGUUGAUUGCAAUUCACUACCAGAGAGUAAUAAUAAUAACCAAAAUGCCUAUUCAAAUUCAUCGUCUACAAGUGAAUCGCCAGCACCAAGUCCUGGUCUUCAACAACAACAAAAUAAUAGUCAUCAUUCCACUAAUGCGACAUCAACGACAACAACGACAUCAUCAACAUUGUCGAAAUCGGCAAUGAAUAAUCAGAACAACAACAAUAAUAAUAAUCCAUUAUCAGCAAACAAUAUUAAUAGUAAUAAUUCAACAGAAUUUUCAUUCAUUACGAAUAGUGUAACAUCAAAUCACAAUAGUACACCAACGUCCGUAACGAAUCAAUCGUCUCCAAGUAAUAAUAAUACUAAUAAUAAUAAUAAUAAGACUACAGCAACAACAGCCGUUUGGUCUAGUUCGACCGCUACUGUAAAAACUAUUCUAAGCAACAACAACAUUACUUCCACAACGCAAUCAGUUACAACACCGUAUGCCGCCGCAGUUGCCUCAUCAGUUACCGGUUCUGGCACAUCAUUAUCAUCAUCAUCAUCAUCGUCAACUACAAAAACAUCAUCUUCGGUCACAACGGUAACAAAUGAUUCGAAUGUACAGCAAUCGAAUGAUUCAUCAUCAAUGAACAACAAUAAUUCAUCAACAUCGACAGUGGUAACAUUGUAUAGUGCAGCAGCGGCCGCCGCAUCAACGAUAACGUCUGCGCCAUCCGCUGUUGUAAGUAAUAACACGAAUCCUAAUCAAACAAAUCCAUGGAAUGCAUCCAAUCUUGCGGCAAUCGUUUCGAAUAAUACAAACUCGGCCAAUAAUUCUCAACAACAACAACAACAGCCUCCAAUUCAAUUGACAUCUCAACAACAACAAUAUUUGCUACAAAAUAAUCACUUAAUAAAUGGUUAUAAGGGAAUAGCAAAUGUUGAAAAUCUUAAAGGUUUAGCAGCAGCAGCUGCCGUAGCGCAAGGAAUGUUAACACCAUCGGUGACGAAUGCUGCAUCUAGUGGUCUAGAUAGUGAUCUAUUAAGCGGUGAUACGCCACAAGCAAAUGCGUUAUUAUCUCCAGCAUUGAUCGCUAAUGCCGGGGGACAAAGUGCCGUUCUUAAUAAUAAACUGUCAGCUGCUCAUCUGAAUGAUCUAGGUCCGAAUCAACCGAAUGCGAAUCAACAACAACAAUCAUUUCAACAUCUUGACCAUCUUAAUCAUGCGAAUAUAUUGAAAAAUAAUUUGAUGAUGCAUCAACGACAAAUGCAAGCAGUUAAUGUGCCAGUUUCAUCUGUUUCACCUCCAAGUAAUAUGGCAACAAUCGUUAAUCAACAAAGCAAACAACCACCACCAGUACCACAGCCGCCGAAUCAAUCGAACAUAUCACAGCAACAAGUCGAUGUGACCAAAAAUGCAAAUAUUCAAAAUCAGUUGAAUAAUCUUGUUAAUCAACAACAACAACAACAACAAACACAGCCGAAUCAACCACCACAAUCGCAAAAUUUUUAUUCAUCGACAAUGUUGUCAAGUCAACCAAACAAGCCAACCAUUUCAAAGCAAACAUUGUUUCAUAUGCAUUUACUUGAUGCAGCGUUUCGUCAACCUAUUAUUCCGAUCGAUUCGUAUCGAUUAAGACCAUUACAUAUAAAACUACCACAACUCCAUACAUAUUCACAAAUGUCUAGUUUUCCUAAUCAAACGUUGUCUCAAUUCAACAAUAUUGAAUUCUAUGAUCGCUUAACACCUGAAACAUUAUUUUUCAUCUUUUAUUAUAUGGAGGGUUCAAAAGCGCAAUAUAUGGCAGCUAAAACGUUGAAGAAUAAAUCCUGGCGUUUUCAUACAAAAUAUAUGAUGUGGUUUCAAAGGCUUGAGGAACCAAAACUUAUAACCGAUGAUUAUGAACAGGGAACCUACAUUUAUUUUGAUUUCGAAAAAUGGACCCAACGUAAAAAAGAAAACUUUGUAUUCGAAUACAAAUUCCUUGAAGAUAAAGAACUGAAUUAAA